AUGGUUCUCCCUCCCCCGUCCCGGUUCAUCCGCGCAACAACCCUGCGAGGUAAGCUCGGCGGAGCAGGAGCGCUGAGCGGCCAAGGGGAGCAGCCGGAGUCCCAGGAGAGGGCGCGCAGGGCUGCGCCUCCCAGUUCCCGCCGGGCCGACUCGAGCCCCUGCCUGCAGCGCCACCCGGCGGACCGAAGGAGGCCGGGCGGGCACCCGAACCCCAGAGACGCCGCGGGGCAAGAAGGGUCUCCGUGGGGCAGCGCAGGGAAGCGCCACUUCCUGGCCAGUGGGGCGCGGAGCGGAGGCGCCUUUGCCGCGCAGCUUCUCAUGGGGGGCUUCUUGAAGCGGGGGUCCGGGCUCCUCGGCGUUCUGUUCGCGGCCUGCCUUCUCCUGGAAGCAGCAGCCGGAGGGGGAAGGGGGAGAGCCAAGGACAAUAUCCUGCUAAUCCUGACCGAUGACCAAGACCGAGAGAUCGGGGGCAUGACCCCCAUGAAGAAGACAACAUCCCUGAUCGGUCAGUUAGGUGCCACUUUUGCCAACGCAUUUGCAGUCACUCCUCUGUGCUGUCCGAGCCGCAGCAGCAUCCUGACCGGCAGGUACCCUCACAACCACCUGGUGAGGAACAAUUCCUUGGAGGGCAACUGCAGCAGCCCAGCCUGGCAGAGGUUUCAGGAGCCGUUCACCUUCCCGGUUUACCUACAGAGGCAAGGCUACCAGACCUACUAUGCUGGCAAAUAUCUCAACCAGUAUGGGGACCCCAAAGCAGGAGGCAUUCAAUACAUGCCACCGGGCUGGAGCUACUGGUUAGGUCUGGUGGGGAAUUCCAAGUACUAUAACUACACUCUUUCAGCCAACGGACAUGAGGAGAAGCACGGGGAGCAUUAUGAAGAAGACUAUCUCACGGACAUCAUUACCAACCGGAGCCUCCAAUUCCUGGAGAAGCUUUCCCACCCUCCUUUUCUCAUGGUUCUGGCUCCACCUGCUGCUCACUCCCCCUGGACGGCAGCCCCCCACUACAAGUCGGCAUACAGCAGCAUCAAAGCGCCGCGCAAUGGAAGCUUCAAUGUCCACGGAAAGGACAAGCACUGGUUGAUAAGGCAAGCAAAGACUCCCAUGUCAAACACAUCCAUUGAGUUCCUGGACAACGUCUACAGGGAACGGUGGCAAACUCUGUUGUCUGUGGAUGACAUGGUAGAGAAGAUUUUGGAUAAAUUGAAGUCCCUUCACCUGUUGGACAGCACAUACGUGUUCUAUACUUCAGAUCAUGGUUACCACACAGGUCAGUUUUCACUGCCCAUUGACAAGAGGCAGCUUUAUGAGUUUGACAUCCGGGUGCCACUGCUAGUGCGAGGUCCAGGCAUCAAGCCAAACCAGACUCACCUGGAACCUGUCCUCAAUAUCGAUCUGGGACCCACCUUCCUGGAUAUCGCAGGUAUCGAUGCAUCUCAGACCUCCAUGGACGGACAGUCUUUCUUGCCCCUGUUGGUGAACCAGACGCACAAGAGCAGGUGGCGGUCAGAUUUCCUGGUGGAAUACACUGGUGAAGGCCACACUCACCAGGACCCCCACUGCCCUGCCUUGGGGCCAGGGGUGUCGCAAUGCUUCCCUGACUGUGUGUGCGAGGAUGCCUUCAACAACACCUAUGCCUGUGUGCGCACACUUAGCCCCAUCAACCUGCAGUACUGUGAGUUUGCAGAUGCCCAGAAUUUUGUAGAAGUCUAUAACCUGACUUCAGACCCACACCAGCUCGUCAACGUGGUGAAAACUGUGGACCCUUCACAGCUGGAGCAGAUGAAUCAGAGGCUGAUCAAGCUGCAGGCCUGCUCUGGUGUCACCUGCCGCUCCUGAGGGAGCUGCUGCGCGGCUCUUGCUGUGGGUCUGUGCCGAGGGGGACACGGAGCCCAUUCUGGGUCUCUCCUUUCUCUCUCUCUUUUCUCUGCUCUUAAGCCAAAGUUGAUGCUGAUUUUCCCCGUUCUGGGUCCUUUCCUGGAGGGUGGUGGUUGGCAGAAGAGAGGGUGAGAGGGAUGGGGGGGGUGAAAGUGCCUGUGCCAGAUUUCCCCAUCGAAAUGCUCCGAUAUCCCAUUCUGCCUCUUGCUGCUCCACCUACACCUUGCCUUUGCCACCAGACUUGGCAACUGGCAGGUCGGAUUUCACCACGGGGGGGGGGGCAGGGCUGACCAGCACCCCCACUCUCAGGGGUUCCCUGUGGCCAGCUGGUGAAAGAUUGCUUCCCCUCCUCUCCCCUGCCUUGUGGGGGGUGUAUGGGACCCCUCCUUUAAUCAUGAAUCAGUAUUGCAGAUCCUGCCCUGCAGCGCCUUCUUUUUCCUCCAGAGAGCUGGAGGUGCUGCCUGUCCUUUUGUGACUGUCAUGUGCCUUGUAACUCCUGAUUCUGAUCAACUCCUGCAGCCGCUCGGGCAGUUGCUGUGUUGUCUCGCCUUUGCCUCUCUGCCUGAAGUGCUGUGAAAAGAAAUAGAAUGGAAUAAAGGACUUGUUUGUUAGAAAAACU